GCGACAUUAGCGCGCUUGGCUCGUCGCUCUGCAGAGAGGGACCCACUCGAGCUGCAGGACCGGACUCUACAACACUUGUCCUCCGGGAGGAAAAAGACGUGAGACGGACAGGGACAUUCUUCUUUUUCUUCUUCUUCUUCUUCUCCUCGUGAACGACCACACAACAAGCUGUGGUAAUGGACCCCAAUAAAUCUGCCACCGCUCCUCCAAUGAACUACGGCGGGGAGAAGUCCUCAAUGGGCCAGAUGCCCCCUCCGGCCUACCAUGACAGCCCCUACCCGGGGUACCCGCCUCAGCCCGGCAUGGGAUACCCUCCACAGCCGCAGGGCUUUGUAUCUCCACCACCUUAUGGGAAUGAUGGAUACGGACAACAGCCGCAUCCCAUGCGUCAGGAGUACCCAGCACAUCCAGCCACCGUCACCAUACACCAGCCCACGGUGUACGUGACUCGGAGUCCGCUGGCCGAGCCUGUCAACGACUACAUAUGUUACUCUAUCUUCACCUUGAUGUGCUGCUGCCUGCCACUCGGCAUUGCUGCCCUCAUCUACUCCAUCUCGACUCGUGAAGCCAACCAUGCCGGCGAUCAGAUGGCAGCGGAGCGGAGCAGCAGGAUGGCCCGGACACUGAACCAUGUGGGCCUGGGAAUCGGUCUUGCAGUCCUUAUCCUCGUCAUCGUCUACAUGGUGGUUGUGGCAACUGUCCUCACCCAAUAAAUCAGUUUCAAAAUCUUCCCCAUAUUUCUUGUCCCCAUAAUCAUUCCACACCAGGAACGUGACUUUCAGAAAGAGUUUUUAUUUGUUAACAGGAAAUCACCUUUUUUGCUAAAAGGCCUUUGACAAGUUUCUGAUGUUUUUUUAAGUAAUUGGCCACUUGUUUUAAAGAGACCUCAGAAGCUUUUUACUUUCUAUAAAUUACUUUCCAACAGUAGGGUAGAGUAACCACUUCUACUUUGCUGUAUUCAUAUUCCAUCAACAAUGCUUUUUGUUUGUGAUUUGUUCUUUAUCUUAUCCUGCAUCAAAAAAAUAUGCUUUUGUGUCAAACAUUUUCCUACUUUGAUGCCUUAAGAGUUACGUCUCGGGUCAAUGUUGCUCUGCCACACAUUCAGACUUCAUGUUUUAUUCAAAGAAAGUUUUACAUUUUGUGUUCAAAUUGCAAAAGUUUGUUGGUUGUGCAGUUUUAAAGAGAUUUGUCUGGUUGUGUGAUGGGAGGAACACUGUUGCCUUUUCAACUGAUUUGUAGGCUGUAAAUUUGCACAAACACCCUCUAACCCGCUUAAGAGUGUGCUAUGCUAGAAUCGCAAAAAAUACUAACAAAGUAAUGCCUUAAAAAAUAACUCAAAGAAGGAGGGGUUUGAAGCUCACCCUGAACAAGUGAGGGAAAUAGUGUCUCCUUUUUAUUCAAGCUGAACAGGAACUCACAGCUUCUCUCAAUAUCAGCAGAAACUUAGCAACAUUGUAGCCAACGUGGCGGACAUGGCCAGUUUAUAAAUCAGUGGCUUUGGUUCUGUGUUUUGAAAGUUGUGGUGUGUCAUGUGUCGCUGGUCUGGGUGUUAUUUUGUCAAGUAAUGUCUGUAUGUGCUUUUCUUAACCAUAGCUGAAAAACAGAUUUUACUUUGUACCAGAUUUCUUUAUAAAUAAAAGUAUGCUGAGAGAAAAAAA